AUGACCCAAGAUCAUGAAGCUACAGCUGCAAUUCAGGCGCUUACCAAGUACUUGGGAGAGCAGAAGGAAACACUCAGAUCGAUAAUCCCAGACGACAUAUUUGACGCCCUACAUAAAAGCUCUGUAAUCAAGAGUAAUGGCAACAAAUUUCGUUCGACCAUUCGCGUGUCAGACUUCUAUCUACCCAUUGCCCCGGACCAUGAACCAGAGAUUACUCCGCUAUACUACAUCCACUCAUCUUUUCCAGCCUCGUCAGAUGCAGUCUUCUUUGGGCCUGACACGUACCUUUUCAUUGGCUUUCUGCAGACCAUCAGCGAACACAUGCUGCAGUCACCGAAUUGCGUUGUGGAUGUGUGUUGCGGAUCAGGCGCCGGCGCGAUACAUAUGGCAAGAACAUACCCACAUGCAGAAGUCAUUGGACUAGACCUAAAUCCGCGUGCACUGAGCUUGGGUGGUGUCAAUGCUCGCUUGGCUGGCACAGAAGUUACUUUUCACGAGUCUGAUCUAUACGCCGCUGUACCCGAAACCCUCAAAUCCAGUGGCAUUGAUCUCAUCGUCAGCAAUCCUCCAUACAUUGCUUCUUGUCCGAAGAACGAAGAAGACCUACCAAUAUACGCGGACGGCGGUGCAGAAUUCGGUCUUGACAUCUCGUUACGCAUUGUGGAAGAAGGCAUGAAGAUAUUGGCAUCGAAUGGCAUGAUUAUCGUUUACACCGGGGUUGCCAUUCCGGUCGACGACCCUGGUCACGAUGCAUUUCUGGAGAAAUUGAAUAGGGUGGAAGAUGCAGAGUUGGUUGAGUACAAAAUCUUACACCCUGAUAUGUGGCCAGAAGAGAUUGGGCGAGGCGCGUAUGCGGAUGUUGGUAGGAUACAAGCAGUGGGUGCUGCACUGCGAAAGAAGUCUUGA